AUGGCAGCAAAAGAUAAAGGAGCUGUGGCAUACCACACUGGCAAUAUCUUCACGGCAAGCAAUCAUGGAGACCGCGUCGAGGCAUUCAUAGUCUCAGCAAGCGGCGAGUUUACGGCCGUCGGAACCAACAGCGACAUUCUAGACAUCGCACGCCGCGAAAGUCUUCCCACAUUUGAUCUACAGUCGCGCUUUGUGAUGCCGGGUAUUCACGAUGCCCAUGUCCAUAUUCUUGUCGCAGGGCUCUCUCGUCUCUCCAAUCUGAAGCCUGGGUUCGACGUCACCACGUCCAACAUCGCCGAGAGGCUCAAGUCGCCGUCGUGCGCCUGUGAACACGCCCAUGCAUAUGGAGACUGGAUCGUCGGGGAUCUCUACCGCAUUGAGGACUUCGAUCGAGAAGCCCUCGACCGUGAAUUCCCCGAUACUCCAGUCCUUUUGCGGGGAGGAGCGGGUCAUGCAAUGUUCCUCAAUACCGCUGCUCUGGAAAGAUCGGGAUACAGCCUCACAGAACCUGACGGGCCACACAGCCAUUUCUUCCGCCGCGCAGAUGGCACCUUGACCGGUGAAAUGACCGAGCUAGCCAUGACCAAAGCAGCACUCGCGAUGCCGAAACCAGAAAUGGCACACAUCAAACGCAGUAUUCUGCACGCAGUGAAGCUGCUUCACUCGGUAGGAGUGACCAGUUUCCAAGAAGCGGCGUCGAAUACGCUCAUUCUCAAAGCACUAGGGGAGCUCGAUGUUACCGGGGAGUUGAAAGUGGACGUGCAAACGCACAUCGUAUACAAGCCAGAGCAGCUUGCGGAAGAAUGUCUCGAAACCCUGCACAAGACGCUUGAUCAGGCGGACAGUUUACGGUCUCAACAUGUCCAGACCAAUUUCGUCAAAUUCAUGCUGGAUGGUGUCCCACUGCAUCCGUACUACACGCACGCCGGUCUCACUGAGUCUGGAGCGAUUGACGAGAGCAAGAUACAGAUCGACGACCUGGCCGAAGCCGUCUCGAAGAUGGAUGCGAGGGGCAUGACAUGUAAGAUUCACUGCACAGGCUUUGGCAGUACACGUCGAGCCUUGGAUGUGUACGAGGCUGUAAGGAAGACCAAUAGUCAAGGGCCAAGGCAUGAAAUUGCGCAUUGCAGCGGUGUGCAUGAUGAUGAUUAUCCACGCUUCCGGCAGCUCAAUGUCACCGCCGAGAUGUCUCCCUCAAUGUUCUUUGUUCAUCCGCUCACCACCAUGUCCAAUGGCCUGAUGGACUGGAGUUGGGGGAAGAUGAUCAAAAACGGGGCCCAUCUGACGAUUGGAAGUGACUGGGCCUUCCAAGACCCGUCCCUCCUACCUGCUUGCGCUCUGAUUGCGGACAGCGUCGCAGCUGCGCUGCCAGCAACGGAGGCCGUGAAAAUUACAGCUGCCGAAGCAAUCUGUAAGAUGCUAACCGUCGCAGGUGCGAUAGCAACGGGCCGAGAGGACAAGACUGGAACCAUUGAGGUUGGAAAGAAAGCCAACUUCAUAAUGAUCGACCAUGACCUGAGCAAAGGUGAAUUCGAUGAAGCUCAGGUCCUGGGCACUUGGUUUGAAGGCGAGAGAGUUUAUGAGCGCCCUUGA